AUGAAAUUCGUUGUGAUAAAUAUUUUUUUCCUUAUAGUGUUUUUUUUUUUUUUUAAAAAAUAUGAUUUUUUGAAUGUUUCAAAGAAACAUACUUAUAAUUUUCUUAACGGAAAUAUUAUUAGAAAAAAGGAAAAAUAUAAUUCUAAAAAUUUAAAAUGUAAAGUAGAAGGUAUUGAAUAUAAAGUUCAGAAUGUAGACAAUUCAAUCGAAUUUUAUAAUAAUGUGUUGGGGUUUCAAGUAGCAGAAAAGGGAGAUAAUUAUGCUAAGCUUAUUUUAGCAAAUAACGAAGCAUACAUUAAGUUGAUAAAAAAUGAGGAGGAUAAUUUUAUUAUAGGAGAACAUUCAUUCCUAGGGUUAGGAGUACAUUUGAAAGAAUUCGAUUUAAAAAAGGUCAAUAAGUACAAAGGGCAUAUUGAGGAUGAAUUGGAUAAAAGGCCAAUAACUGCUUGCAUAUUACCAGACGAAGAUGCACAAGUGCGAAGAUUUUGGACAAAUUGUUUUAUAACGGAUCCUGAUGGAUAUGGUAUAGAAGUGGUAGUGGAGGAAAAAGAGGUUCCGAAAUUGAAUAGGAUCCGACUUUAUACAACAUCGACGAAAGAUUCUCAGAAGUUUUAUUCUGACAUUUUAGGAAUGGACUUAGUGAAAAUCCAAAGUCAUUUAGAAGAAAUUUCAUAUCCCUGGAAUAUUUAUGGUGGUAUGAGUUAUUAUUUUUCGAAUAAAAAUAAUUCAACUAUACUUCAACUAGCUUAUGCAUAUGAUGAAAACAAACUGCACAUGGGGAAUUCCUUAGGAAAUUUAAUUUUGAGUUUCCAAGAUUUAAAUAUACUUGAAAAAAGACUAAAAGAAAACGAUAUAAAAAUUAUUAAAUCGAAUGGGGAGAUUAUAGUGAAAGAUUUGGAUGGGUACAACAUUUGUUUGAAGCAUAUUACAUAG